GAAAGAUUUAGUUACCACGCACCGUCGAUGGGCUUCCGCUAUUUAUUUUGAUCGUGUGUGAUUAUAAAAUCGUGGCAUAUUCUUCGAAUUCGUCGAUAAAGAAAGAAAAGUCUGCUUUUGUAUGAGCAAAACAAUUGUUGGAUAUUGGACAGCCAAGUUCGAAUUUUGCAAAAGAAAACAAUGUUAUUGAUAUUUAAGAAAAGGACGAAAAUAAUUCUUGUCGUAUGAUUAUGUAUAUUGUCAAAUAAUAGAUCCAAUUCGAAGGAAGGUCAUAAUUGUCUUAAAUAAGAUGACGUCUGUUGAAACAGCAACCACAAAUCCACAGAGAUUUUCUCAAAUCAGAUAUGCACGCCAUGGUAGUAUUAUCGAUUUAGAUAUUGAUAUGUUUCUUAAAAUUUCAAAUUACGAAGAUACAGUGAGACAACUCGAUAUUUAUUAUGGAAUCGUUAAGAGGCAAUUGUUACGUUACCAGAGUUGCAUAACAGGUUUGUUUCCACAAAUUUCAAACGAUAACGUAGUAGGAAGCGUACGAGAAAGUAUUUACUGCGCCGCUGCUAUUUGGAGUUUGUACCAAGCAUACAGACGUAUAGACGACGAUCGCGGAAAGUCGUAUGAACUUGGACAAUCAGCUGUGAAAUGCAUGCGUGGAAUUUUGGAAUGCUGGGUAAAGCAAUCUGCUAGAAUAGAGUUGUUUAAACGCAACCAAUGCAAUCGCUUUGCCCUGCAUUGCAAAUUCCAUUUAUAUACUGGCGAUGAGAUUAUUAACGAUGAUGUUUAUAAUCAUUUGCAAAUCGAUAUUGUUUCUCUUUACUUGAUAUUCUUGGUGCAAAUGAUUUCAUCUGGACUGCAAAUUAUAUAUACUCAAGAUGAGGUAGCAUUUAUACAAAAUCUUGUAUAUUAUGUGGAACGGGCAUAUCGUACACCAGAUUAUGGCAUGUGGGAACGUGGCAGUCGAUACAACGAUGGUACGCCCGAAAUUCAUGCAAGCUCAAUUGGUAUAGCCAAAAGCGCUCUCGAAGCUAUCAACGGAUGUAAUUUAUUUGGUGAAAAAGGAGCCUCCUGGUCAGUUAUAUACGUUGAUAUCGACGCUCAUAAUCGAAAUCGUAGUAUUUUCGAAACGAUGCUUCCAAGAGAAUCCAGCUCUAAGAGCGUAGACACAGCUUUAUUGUCGACAAUAUCUUUUCCGGCGUUUGCCACUCACGAAGAAGUAUUGUACAAUGAAACAAAGACAAACAUAGUUCGAAGAUUAAAAGGCAAUUAUGGUUUUAAGAGAUUUGGAAGGGAUGGAUAUAAAACAGUCUUAGAAAUCAAAGAUCGACGUUAUUACAAAUCCGGUGAAAUCAAGGAAUUCGAUAAUGUGGAAUGCGAGUGGCCGCUGUUUUACAUCUUUAUGAUCAUAGACGGUGUUUUUAAAACCUUACCGGAACAAGUAGAAGAAUAUCAGAAUUUACUGAAAGAACGAAUAAAUAAAGAUGCCAAUGGAGAUCCUGUGAUACCUAUGUAUUACUAUGUGCCCGAGGAGAACUUGGAAGCGGAAAGAAAUGAUCCCGGUAGCACCUUCCGACUAGCGAGCAACGAAGGAAGAGGACGGAGAGGUUCUGCGGACACCGAGCCGGCUCCCAUAUAUUUAUGGAAUCAAGCAAUGUUCGUAAUUGCACAGUUACUUACUGCUGGCCUGUUACAUAUCAACGAAUUAGAUCCAAUUAGACGAUACCUUCCUUCGUACAACAGGCCACGAAAAGCUGGAAGGUAUUCCGCUUUUCAAGCUAAACCCAGUAUUGGUACUCAUACUGAUCUUGUAGUGCAAAUUGUUCUUAUUGCCGAGUCUAUGCGAUUACAAGCUAUGAUGGCAACUUAUGGUAUACAAACACAGACACCGCACGAAGUGGAACCUGUUCAAAUAUUAUCAUCUAUGCAACUAGUGAAAGUGUAUGAAAAAUUAGGAGUAAAUAGCAAAUUAAAUCUACAAGGUCGACCAGCUAGACCAAUCGGGUCUCUUGGUACAAGCAAGGUUUAUAGAGUAUGUGGCAUGACGGUACUUUGUUAUCCCCUGAUAUUUGAAGUAUCAGAAUUUUACUUGUACAGAGAUAUGGCUCUAUUAAUCGACGAUAUUAAAACGGAGCUUCAGUUUGUGGGCAAAUAUUGGCGACUUUCAGGUCGGCCUACCGUGUGUCUUCUAAUACGAGAAGAACAUAUGAGAGAUCCACAAUUUAAAGAAAUGCUUGAUCUCUUUGCAAUGUUAAAGAAAGGCUAUUGCGACAAAACGAAAGUACGAAUAGGUCGACUGCAAAAUCUCAUUUCUUCUUCGUGUAUUGAACACUUGGAUUUUAUAAAUACCGUGGACACGGAUCUUGAACUUGCCCAGUUCAAACAGUUAGAACACGAUUAUAUUGGAUACCAAAGUCUUACAGACGUCCCUAAGGCUCUAACUUAUGCGGAGAAUAUAAAAGACUGUUCCAAUUUCAUGAACGAACAGCUGUAUAAUAUAUUAAGCGAAAUUCGUAAUAAUAAAAGUCUUUAUACCUUGUGCCAACUUUAUGGCAUUUUGUUAAAACGAGAAGGUAUUAAUUACGAAAUUAAUGGAAUGACAGUUGGCGAUCAUUUAAGGUCAUUAUAUCAACAAGCUGGCUGUCUCAGAUAUUGGAUGGUUGUCCGAUAUUGCAGCAGUCUAUUGAAUCAUACUGUUGAUAGUAUCAGCCCUUUUAUAACAGGUGUUCUUGUUAAAGGAAAACAGAUAACAGUUGGAGUAAUCGGACACGAAGAAACAGUGUUUGAUAAACCGAUGACACCAACAGAAAUUCAAUCAGUCAUGUACUCUACAAUUCAACCACAUAACGUGGUACAAGCAGUACUUCAACAAGAGGUUUUAUUAUACUGCGGUAGACUCAUUGGAAGGAAUCCAGAAAUGUUUAGGGGAAUAUUAAAAAUUCGUAUUGGAUGGGUUUUAGAAGCAAUAAAAAUUUAUUUGCAAAUGUUCGUAAAAAAUGCUAAACCAAUCGAGAAUUACAGUCCUUAUGAAAUUCGCAAAUUCCUAAUCAAAGUAUUAACGGUUAAAGAUUGGGCUAAUGCUGAAUGCCUUACAGUUUUGGGACGCAGAAAAAUCGAAGGUUGCUUGUGCAGAGUACCUGCACAUUUUUACAAUCAUGUAUGGGAAGUACUGAUACGUUGUCCAGGUGGUAUCAGUGUUAACGAUCGAGAAUUGUCUCAAAAACCUACUCUUUUCAAUAUGACUCGUUCAGAAAUUACAUUUGCAUUGCUCGUGGAAUCGUUGCUUCAUCACAUACAAUUGCCAGAAUAUCGCCAAAUUAUCGUAGAGCUACUCACUAUAGUAUCGACAAUUUUACUUCGAAAUCCGGAGUUGAGUUUUCAGAAACAAUUGAAUCUUACCAAACUUGUUGAAGAUAGUUUCCAAAUGUAUUGCAAGGAUCAUGAUCUGGAGAAAACUACCGAUAAAUCAGCAUUCUUUUCUGCUGAUUAUUCAUUAACUACAGGGUACCUUGCCCGGGCAGUAGUUAAUAAUGUGCUAGCCGGAGGAUCUUUUUCAACUAAUAGUGAUAUCAAUGAUGCAAUUGAAAAUAGAGAAACAUGCAAAAUUACAUAGUUAUAUAAAAUAGAUCUCGAUAAAAAUAGAAUAUAUAUUGUUUGUAAAUGCAUUGAACAAAAUUGU